AUGGCGGACUAUGAAGCCAUUCUCAAGGGUAAAUAUCCAGCCAAGGCGCAUGCUAGAAAAGUGGUCGAGUAUAUGAGAAGUAAGAACAAGGAUGUCAGCGGCGUUUUAUAUCUCGAAGGGCAAAAGACCAAAAUGAUUGAAGACAACGAUGGAGAGGCUCCCUUCCGACAGCGGCGAUUCUUCUACUACCUAACCGGCUGUUCGCUUCCAGACAGCUAUUUAACAUACGACAUCCAAUCCGACAAAUCAACUCUGUAUAUCCCUCCAAUUGACGCCGACUCCGUUAUCUGGUCUGGUCUGCCCAUGUCAGCAGAAGAAGCACUCUCCCUGUACGACAUCGACUCCGUUCUUACCACCCCCGAGAUAACCUCCCUCUCCUCCUCCUCCAUCUACGCGAUCGCAGAUCAGGUCUCUACCUCUGUCUCACCUGUAGACACAAAGCUCCUCAAAGAAGCGAUUGAAGAAUGCCGGGUUUUCAAGGACGAAUAUGAAGUUGCGCUUAUUAGAAAAGCAAACACGAUUUCCACCCUCGCGCACACGGAAGUGCUAAAGAGAGUGAAAAAUGCGAAGAACGAGAGGGAACUAGAAGCCGUGUUUUUAGAACGUUGCAUUGCGAAUGGAUGUCGGGAGCAGGCCUAUCAUAGUAUUGUGGCUUCAGGUACCGCGGCGGCAACCUUACAUUACGUGGAUAACGCAAAACCUCUAAAUGGAAAACUAAACUUACUACUUGAUGCGGGAGGAGAAUAUAAUUGUUAUGCUGCUGACAUUACACGAACCUUUCCCAUCUCUGGAACGUUUAGUAAAGAAUCCCGCCAGAUUUACGACAUAGUCCUACAAAUGCAACACGUAUGCACGAAUAUGCUUAAAGCUGGUGCUCUAUGGGACAAAAUCCAUCUUACUGCACAUGAGCUUGCUAUCGAGGGACUACUGGCAUUGGGAAUCUUGAAAGGAGAUAAGGAGGAAAUAUUGAAGGCUCGGACUAGCGUCGCAUUCUUCCCCCAUGGACUAGGACAUUAUCUAGGGAUGGAUACGCAUGAUACAGGUGGUCAUGCGAAUUACCAGGAUAAGGAUUCCAUGUUCCGAUAUCUGAGAGUGCGAGGAAAUGUUCCUGCAGGGAGUGUCAUUACUGUUGAGCCUGGAAUUUAUUUCUGCCGCUUUAUCAUCGAGCCAUACCUCAAGGAUCCAGCACAGUCGAAGUAUAUUAAUACAGAAAUUCUCGACAGAUACUGGGAAGUGGGUGGUGUGAGAAUCGAAGAUAACAUUCUGGUUACGGAGACAGGAUAUGAGAAUUUGACGACAGCGGUCAAGGAUGUGGAUGAGAUGUGCAGCAUUAUCAAUGGUGGUUCGUAG